AUGUCUAGUUGUAAGAAAUCAUCUUCACUAAACAAGAAAUCAUGCCAUAGAAAGAAGCCAAACGGGUCUUUCAAUCAUACAUGGUCAGCUUCAACCUGUAAAGCCCAAUUAUUACUGCAAGAGCAGAGCCCAUUUAAUCUCGCUACUGCGUCCAAUUACAUUGUAUCCACUUUACCUAUCGAAACCCGCAUCAGUUUUUACGAAAAGAAAUAUCAAUUGAUCAUGGAAUCAGAGACACAAUUAGCGUCAUGGAUCAAAGCUGCAAAGGAGCAGGCUUCUCCUCCUCCGAAGCCAUCCACACCGAUACCAACAGCAACCAGAUCACGGCUACCGGAUUUUCUGUUUGCGUCUCUGUCAACACGGCCAAAACGAAAGAGUCAAAUACAGUUUGAUUUAUUAGCACUAUCACCACCCACUGCCAAAUCUUCUAUCAGCACAUUUCUGAGAAGAGCUAGCGAUACCCUUACUACAUCCUAUAGUAAAAGGUCAACGCCCUCAACAACCCCACAGAAUCAGUACAACCAUCGAUUCUCACUGACCUCCUCGUUGAAUCGGCUCUCCUUAUCGAGAAAUAGCUGUAGCAGUAUGAUUCUCUCGGAAGAGCCUUCAAGUUCUCUUACAGCUACAAACAAUGAAAUCAAAUCUUCCAUCACGCCAAAAUCGAAAUACAAACGAUUCUCUACUCCUCUCUCCUCACAACCACACAUCCUGCAGCCACCACUACCAUUACAACAACAGAGGCAGCUUCAACAGCAACAAGCCCAACCAAAAAAGGUGCACAAGUCCUCUAUCGAUAAUGCUACUGUCAAGAGACGGCCACAAUCCAGUAUUCUACCACAAGCUUCCUCAUCCAUCUUUCUAGAGCGACUUCGUUCAAGGUCGCCCAUUUCUGAUAAAUCAUCCAAAUCAUGCCAACAACAACCCAACGUUUUAUCACAAUCGAAUACCACUCAUUAUAAUAGCAAUUCUUCCAUUGGCACAAUGGAUGAAGAUACACCCCCCUCCUCUCCCUCAUCUAUUGAUUCAAUAUCAACGCCCCCUCACACUCCUAAUACUAAUAAUAAUAAUGGCCACCAUUUAUUACAUUACCAAAAACAACAAAGACACAAACGGAGAAGCCAAGAACUCUUCUUUACCAAUGCUGCCGCUACUACUGCUAAGCACAAGCCCUCGUUAACCACAAUGUCUCACAUCAGUGAAGAUAGAAUACUAGAACAGCAAGAAGAUAUGCUGUCUUUAGCAGCAGUAACCAUUCAUAUUACCAAUAGCGAAUGUAGUCCUGCAUCAACAGCAACAGCAAUAGAAGCACCAUUGCAUGGUGGCAAUUAUACUGCGAUAACAGCAACAUCACUUGAGAAACAGCAGGUAAAAAAGAAACGCGCAUCUCUUUCCAUCACUCCUUCUUCAUCAACAAUACGUUUAUUAUCUCAAAAAUCACAGUUCCUUCGACGCCAGAGUAUGCUAGCUUAA